AUGAACUUCAUGGCCUCCCUGCCUAAUGGGGAGAAGGUGGUCCUAGUUGGUCACAGUUAUGGUGGCUCUUCCAUUUCUCAAGCCAUGGAGUGCUUCCCGGAGAAAAUCUCCGUUGCAGUUUACCUCACCGCCUUCAUGCCCAAUUACAGUGCUCCACCAGCUACCCUUUUACAACAAUCUCAAAGCGCGAUCUCGUCUUUCUUGGAUUCCGAAAUUGUAUAUGAUUCGAAUAAUCUGCAUGUUUCCCUACUCUUUGGUCCAAAAUUCCUUAUAACUAAUGUUUAUAAUGACUCCCCAAGAAAGGACCAGGAAUUAGCUAAAACUUUGGUGAGGCGAGCUGGGAUUUACUUGAAUGACUUGAGCAAGCCUCUGCUGACAAAGAAUAAAUACGGGUCGGUCACUCGGGUUUUUAUAAUAAGUGGAGAUGAUCUAACUCUUACAGUGGAUUUCCAGAAAUAUAUGAUUGAGAAUAACCCUCCUAAAGAAGUGAAGUUCAUAGCUGGAUCUGAUCAUAUGGUCAUGACUUGGAAACCCGUACAACUUUACCUCAUUUUACAGCAGAUUGCUUACAAAUAUGGCUGA